GUGACCUCCAUGUGAUUAAAAUGUAAAUGCAGUAUAUGUGUAACUUAAAAUCGUUGUUCAACAAAACCGGCAAAUUUGGUUCACGACAAAGGCACCAUGAAUAACUAUGAACGAGAUCCUUUGCUGAUAAACAGUGAUGACGAAAAUCGAUCUACACUUGUUAAAGCUGCAUGGAGUUCUGGAAAGACUACACAAGGUCGUUUCUCUGCCAGAACAAGAAAUCUUUUAAUUGCAGUAAUGAAUGUUUUCUCAAAUGUUCUUAUGAACGUGUCACUUCCGGUCUAUGCUGGAACUAUGGAAGUAAUUGGAAGCGAUAUUUUUGUACUUCUGUUUAUUACGUGUUGUUGCAUAGCUGUGGUGUUUACUCUUCUGACAUUGUUCGUGAAAUAUUCUAAAAUUGACAGUACUGCAACAUUGAGACCGACAUCUAGCUAUAAAAUUCUCUUUAUGAUGGGACUUUUUACAGCUAUGAACGGUAUUCUUGUGGUAUAUGCCAGUCCGCCAAACAGAACACCGCCGUAUUUGCAGGGUAUUUUGCAGUCAUCUGUCAUACCAUUUACCGUGCUACUAAGAUUGGUUAUACUGCGAAAAGGAAUUAGCAUUGUUCGUGGUAUCUGUACUGGGAUAGUACUUGUUGGAAUAUUCAUUACUAUAGAACCUCAGAUAUGGGGUUUGGAUGAAGAUGCUGGUGAAACGGGAACAAAACCAGAGUCAACCGGAGCAAGAAUUCUAUGGCCAUUUUGUUUCCUGAUGGGGUUCCUUCCAGUUGGUUUAAUGAAUGUUUUCUGUGAAAAAGAGCUUCAAAAAGAAGAGGGUCAAUCGUUCAGCUUUAUUACGUGGGGACAAUAUUUCCAGACUGCUAUUAUGGUUUGUUUCUUCUGGGUAGAUUUUGUUCCAGGUUUCGGCAGUUCCUCAUCAGGAAAAGACUUUUUUCAUCGAUUACAAAGGGGUCUGCACUGCAGUUUCAGUACAGAAAGUUCAUGUAACAAUCUUGGAGGGAAAGCAUGGCUGUUUUAUACUGGAUAUACAUUCGGAAACUUAUUUCAGUUUCUACUGAUUCAGUAUGCCGAAGGAGCUGUCUAUGCUGUGGUAGUUCAAGCGCUAGUAUCACCUAUAGCUGCAUUAUUUUGGAAUUUAUUCCAAUACAAUCCCCAAACUGAUGUUUUUCAAUACAAACCUACAAUGAACACAACAACAGCUUUCACAUUUGGCGGAUUACUACUUAUAUUUCCGGGAGUUAUUCUUUAUAACUAUUUCAGUGGAAAAGAAGCAAGUGAAAAGGUAUUAAACCAAGAACUUGAAGUACAUGCUUAAACAGUUUGAAUAUUAAAUCGUUAACAUUUUUGUAUUAUUGGUUAUACUUAUAUGAGGGGCGGGUGGACCCUUUUUCGGACGUCUGCAUUCGGCCUUUAUUUUUGCGGGAAUUGGUAUUUAUGCUUUGCAUGAUGUGCUUUCUGUUUUAUGUGUUUUAUGCCUUGUGUUUAUCAUAUAUAUGUAUGUCGGUUAAAAGUUCUACAGAGCUUAUGUUGUAUUGUUAUAUGUAUAACCGACUUUAAAUAAAUCUUUUAUGAUUAUAGGGAUUUACACUUACCUGUACUCGAGAAUUAAUGAGUAAUUUUCUUGAUCCUGGAAAGAAUGCCUUAUUUUUUUCCGAAAUGCUACUGCCGUUAGAGAGAAAACCAAGGGAUAACCAUAUUUUAACAUUUGAAUAUUUUUUUUAUUGCGAAAUUAUGACAUCCUUAGAACUCUCAAAUAGUACUUCGAUUCAGAAGAACGGUUUUCACAAGUUACAAACCAGUCAUCUUUCUUGGUGGGGUGGGGUGGGGGAAAGGACGUUAUUGACGAACGCAUUUUUAGACUUGAAUAAAAUAUAAACAAACAAGCAAACAAUUUAUUUUCUAUAAAAUACAGGAACAAGAUUUUUGUUUUUAAACUCAACAAAGA